UGUUGUCAUGUGUAUUGUAUUGAUCCCGGUCAUCGUAAAGCCAGAUAUUAGAAAAAAUGUUAUACAACAAAUGUCUGUGAAAAAAGGACAUUUUCAGAAAAUAAUUGUGAAUUUAAACAAUAAUUCUAAUUCAAAAAUGUGGUGGGUGGGUGUUUUCGUAACUGCUGAAGUCAUAGAAUAGCUUAACCUCAAAAACUCCUCUAAAACACAUUGAUUUGAUCGUAGCAUUUUAUAUUUAAUCAUCUAUUAGUGAAGCAGCUCCUAUUAAUUACUUUUAAUGUUCCAAAAAUGGUGUGAACACCUAUAUUGAAGAAAACUGCACUUGUUCUGUAUUGCCAGCCCUGUUCACGAAACUGAAGAAAAAUGAUUUUGACACUGUAUUACAUGGCAGCCACUUGGAUGCAGUCGUGGAGACUCAGCUCCAUGAGACGUAACAUACUCUCGAUUCUCGGACGCAAUGGGAGCUUGGUUUUGUACAAAGAUCCUGAACCGGCAGAAUUGGAAGGGGGCGAGGGCCAGGGCGAGGGCCCGACGGGCAUAUCCUCGGCCGCCUGCUCCAACCGGCGGGAGGCGACGGUGGGGGACCUCGUGUGGUUCACGGAGGACAAGCGCUGCUGCUCCGUCUUCCCCCAGCAACGGCUGGACGUGAGCCGCUGGAUCGGCUUCCCGGGCGGCCAGAGCUUCUUCCCCAUCGAGGCGGGCGGCUCGGCGCGCGCGAGCGUCUCGGAGGCGGGGCGGCUGCAGCUGCUGCUGGAGGCGGACUACCAGCGGGCGUCGAGCGUGCGAGACAGCGGCUACUGCCGGCUGGAGCAGUUCGGGGUGCUGAAGGCGUGGAAGGCGGGCGGCUUCUUCCGCCUGCUGAUGGAGUCUGACCUGGAGCACUUCUCCAAGCUGGGCAUCAGCUUCAUGCGGAGCCGGCUGUCCAUCGACGACGGCAUGGAGCUGGUCCGCAUUCAGACCGUCGCGACGGAGGGCGAGCCGUGCGUGCUGCUGAACGCAGACUCCAUCCCCGUCGCACGGACGUCUACCGUGGAGGAUGGCAGCACUGUCCAGGAAGACAACGUAAUGGAAGCCACAGGCCCGCUCACGUCGGCGGCGGACGCGCUGGGGCGGAGCGCCGGCCAGCAGAUGUCCCCGCAGCAGUGGCUGUCCCACGUGGAGCUCCUCCGCAGCUUCAGCGACGCGGCGGAGCGCGUGGGGCGGGCGGAGGGGGCUCGGGGGCCCGUGGGGGUGGGGCCCUCCCCCGCCAUGCUCGCGGCCCCCGGCUCGCUGUCCUCGGAGGAGUCCUUCCACAGCGCGGCGUCCGCCCGGCCGGCGGUGUCCGUGCCCGCCAGACUGCCGGAGGAGCAGUCCGUGUCUCCCAGGGAAUCGAAGAGCAGCGACUCGUUCUGCUCGCUGGGGUCGGCCAGCACGCUCUCCGUGGCCUCGCACAGCGGGGAGAGCACCCUGCAGUCCCCGGGGGACGGCGACGCGGAGGGGGCGGGUCCCGGCCGGCCCGUCAGGACCAGGGGGGCCGCCGUGAGGCCGCCCGACGUCCUGGUGUUCUCGGAGAGCAGCGUGAUGCUGGGCGACACGCUCGCCGCGCUCAGCGCCACUCUGCGCAGGAACGAGUACUGCCUGUACCCGCUCAGCCAGUCGCAGCUGCUGGGCGAGCUGUGGAAGGACCACGCCCGCCUGCUGGUGGUGUGCGGGUCCGUGCCGGGCCCCGUGGCGCCCGUGCUCGUGUCCCACCUGCUGUCGGGCGGCCGGCUGCUGUGCCUGUGCUCCGACCUGCUGGGCGUGCUGCUGCCCACCUUCCGCACGGCCGAGGUGCGCGAGCGCGAGCUGGCCUGCUUCUCGUACGGCCGGUGGCGCGCCCGCCUGCUGCACCACGUCUUCUGCUACCACGCCUCGCCAGCGCACGCCCGCUUCUCCCGGGACGACCACAGGGCCGGGGACGCGGUGAGGCUGCCCUCGGUGGUGGAGGUGAGGGACGGCGCCGGCACGCCCCACGCGCUGGAGGUGAGCGUCCUGGGCGUGGAGGAGACCUGGCACAGCCCCUCCCUGCUGCUGGCCUGCGCGCGCUCCUCGGGCGGCCAGGCCGUCUUCUCGCAGGUGCACCUGGAGGUGGACCCCGGCCAGUACGAGGGCGAGGGCGACCAGCUCCAGGCGCUCCGGGAGAGCGACCGCGCCCGCCUCGAGAUCCUGCAGGACCUGCUGUCGUCCCAGCUCGGCCUGAAGUGUGCGGACCUGAGCGCCCCCCCGCCCGAGUUCACGCCCGCCUUCUUCCUCGGCCGGCACGAGCUGAAGCUGGAGUUCCUGGCGGCGACGAGGGGCCGCAUGCGGGGCGACACGCUCAAGCUGCCGCGCCUCGGGCUGCAGUUCUGCGAGAAGGGGGCGGAGCCCUCCCGGGCCUCCGCCUCGCACCUGCCCGUGCUGGUGCACGCCUGCCCCGACCGCUUCUCCACCGUCGAGUACUUCGAGAACCUGAAGACCAGGGCGCUGGGGCGGCUGCUGCUGUUCUCGGAGCUGAUGACCAGCACCAUGGACGUGUUCGACGGCCCGCCGCUGCACCACGGGCUGGCCGUGGUCGCCCUGCAGCAGGUCAGCGGCACAGGUCGAGGCAGCAACGUGUGGCUGAGCCCCGAGGGCUGUGCCAUGUUCACCCUGCAGCUGCACGUGCCGGGGGACUCCUUCCUGGGCCGCCACGCCCCCUUCCUGCAGCACGUGGUGGGGCUGGCGGUGGUGUCGGGGGUCUGCUCCCAGCCGGGGUACGAGGAUCUUGAUUUGCAUCUGAAAUGGCCGAACGACAUCUACGUGGGAGACUGCAUAAAGAUAGGAGGGCUGUUUGUCAAGUCAAGUCUUAAAGGUUCACAGACAGUGUUCACACCAGGGGUCGGGGUGAACCUCGGCAACGCGGCGCCCACGACGUGCAUCAACGCCGUGAUCGAGGCACACAACAAGGCCACGGGGAGCGCGCUCGCGCCCUUGUCGCUGGAGCGCUACCUGGCGGUCGUGUUCGCGGAACUGGAGCGGCUGCUGGGCCUGCUGGAGGCGGAGGCCGGCGCGGAGCAGGUCCGCCAACUGUACUACCAGUACUGGCUGCACAGCGAUGCCACUGUGAAGGUGGUGACGCCUUCGGGGACGAGCCAGGAGGUGAGGAUCAUCGGCAUCGACGAGUUCGGGUUCCUGCAGGUGAGAGGGGCGAAGGGGGCGCCGUUCAGCGUCCAGCCCGACGGCAACUCCUUCAACAUGCUGCACGGCCUGAUCGCCCCGAAGAUGUAGUGGCGACGCCCCGCCCCCCUCCCUCCGGUCUGGCCUCAGCGGCGAUGUACGUCGUCGUCGGAACAGCUCGCUCGUAAUUUAUUUCAUUUUAUUUAUUUAAUACUUGUUGCAUGCCUACCUACAGCUUAUGGCCUUGGGUGGUAGGCACGAUACAAACAACACAGAUACAUGCAGACAGAACAAAACAAUACUACAAAAUACAAGACGACAAAACAAAAACAAUACGCACAACAUGCAACAUUUAACAAUUAGUAAAUAAUUUCUUUACAAAUUUAUGAUUUAUAAUUUAUAAUCUCGAACUAGAUCUGUUUUAAAAUUCAAGAUGUCACGUAUAUUAAUUUUUUAAGUUUUAUAAUUUAAGAAUUACUGUCAUCAUCUGCACCGGUAAACUUCCUUGAAGUGAGUGUACAGCAACAAAAAUCAUUCCAAUUUUGGCCGUCAUCAGGACUAUAGGAAGACGUACUGUGCAUUGUGUACUUAAGUGUCUUCUCUACUCCUGUCAAAGGCUACCAUGAAGUCGAACAUUGGAGUGAUUUUGUUUUUGUCUGGUGAAUUUUGAGCCAUGUCUCUUGUCGUAUGUGCGCUACUGUCAUCACACACAAUUUUAGAGCCUAUUUGGUAGGUUUUUUUUAAUAUUUGAAACACAUUUUCAGUCAGUUGAGUAUUUGAAUCCUUCAUUUUGAUUUAAUAUUUCAUUACAGAAUCAAUUAGUAUUUAGCCUCUGUUAAUUCAUCAGGUUUCCAAGAAAAAAUUUUUUAUCCUUCAAAAUAUGACUAAAUGUAUAACUAGAGUACGUACUCUUGUUCAACAUACACAAGCUAGGUGUUGCACAAAAUCAAUUUAAUUAAAUAUGUAUGUAAGCAGUCCAGACAGGGAUCUGAAAUCACUGAAUAUCAUAAUUCAAGUAUUGAAGCGUCAGAGUUGUGAACAAAUGCUCGAAUCUCUUUAAAAUAAUUUUUAAUGAUCUUAAAAAAAGAAGAGAAUAAUUUUAGGAUAUUAGUACGUACGUAGUUGUUACUGUUGUUAGAAAAUUGGUUAUUGAAUUGUUAUUGAUAUAAUCUAUAGGUCAGUAUAAUUAAAUGAAAAAAAUAAUUAAAUUAGCUGAUCAAUAGCACAGAUAAAUGUUUAUGUUCAUAAGUAAAGUAAUGAGAGGAUACGUUAACAUUAGUUUUAGUAUCUAUAACUAAUCAUACCCUCAUUAUUUGCCACCCUACAGUCAGGAAUAACUUUAUGGCAUUUAAAAGUGAGGAUUGUGAUCUAUGGUCAAACAUUUCGGAUUCUAAGUGGAAAAAUCUUAACCUACAGCUAAUAUUAUAUCAAAACAUACGUCCAAAGUAAUCGCUGAUGGUUUUGAAGCGGUUCAUAAUCAUGUCAUGGUUCACAUAGGUAAAAAAGUAAUCAUCAGGUUAAGUCAGAUGUUAAUUGUAGUAGGAAGAUAUUUAGUGUUUUUAUUUGAAGUAUUGGGGGGGGGGGGGAAACUAUGUAUUAAGAAUAGUUGUUUGAUGGUAGCAAGGAUAACAUAAUUUUUAAUUUUCACGACCUUGACCUUGGACUUCAGGGUCAAGGUUGACAACCCCCCACACGCACGCUACCAAGACGGCCAUGCACCUAGCUGCCCGAAACAAACCUGUCUAUACUCGGUUCCACGAAGCCUGAGCCCCCCCCGGAGCAUGCCAUGCGAGAUUACCUAAACUAACCAAACAUGUUAUCAGAGUUUCAUUUAUAUUAACGAGCAUCCAAUGGGAUUGCAAGACAAAAAAAAAAAAAAUACAACAGCUAAAGUUGAUCAUUUUCUCUGAAAUUUAUUAAAUGCAAUAGUAACAUUUGUUCAGAUCAUGGCUGUGGCUCCAAAUGGUAGUGACUCUUAACAUGGACAUUUUCCACUUUACCCACGUGUAUGUAACUUAACUGUAUAAGAAUUUAAAAAAAUGUUAUAUACACAGUUUUUUUUUUAUACCAAAUACAUAUAUAGGCGUUCUUAAUGAGCUCGCCAGGUAAAUAUAAAUAACAUAAAAGUAUAAUUUCAGACACUUUACUCCCACUAACUCAUUUCUAUAAAAAGGGAUUGUUAAAAAAAUAUAUCAAACUAUCAAUUUAAAUUUCUGUCUCUAAUUGGAGCUCUCCUAAAAAUAACUCAAAAUUCACAUCCACAAAAACAGCAAUUUCGCAAGCAAGUAGGCAGAACUAACUGUUCAAUAACUAAUUGACUUAAUCUUUAAAAUAAUCCAAAACAGAAUAUUAAGAAAUGAGUUUCUACAAAAAUCAAAUGCAAACCAUGAAUAACCAUGUUUAGUCAGUUUGCCAUAUCAGAGGUUAAGGAAAAGGAGAAAAGUAGAAUGUGUAUAACAAUACACGAUUGCAUUCACAACAAAAGUGUUUCUAGAAUGUUUCAUGUACCAACCAGGCAGAAUAAUAAGCAAGUGUCAUAUAGUUCUCCCCAUUGUGGAAACUGACUGACUAGUAAUUUAUUAUGAUCUGCCGUGUUUGCCAUGGUUUUAUUUGCUCUGUGUACAGGAUGUUCUUUUGAAAUUUGAUUUUGAUAGUUGCGGUGACACAGUGUGUACCAGUAUCAUGUUCAAUAUUACAACUACAGUUCAGCAGUCAAUCGAUACUAAAAAAAAAGUUUAAAAGAUGAAUACAUAAUAGUUAAUAGAUUACAGGAUAUGAUAGAAGAUUUAUGUUCAGUAAAACUGAGAGAAAAAAAAAGAGACAGUUUAUGACAUGGAUAGUUGUCCAAAAGUUUCAAAGACGUGAGUUAAUAAUAAAUAUGUUGAAGUGUAAAGUUCAACAGCUAUAGUCAUGUAAUCUAAUAACACAACCGUUACGUAUUUAUUGUGGACUUGCCAUAAUUUUUUGCUGUGAUAUGCAUUUUUCAAGUAUGGAAAAAUAAAAACUAUGAGGUUUAUGACUUAGUCAAUUAAUAAUUAGUAAUUUCCAGCAUACAAACAUCUUGAAUGUUUAUUUUGCAAGGCUUAAAUACAUUUUCAGUGACAAUUCUCAACAUGUGUAUACCUGUGUAUAGUACCAAAACAAAACAAAAUUUUUUUCUCCCCAAGAUUCAUUACAUUUUACUAACUUCACUCAUCUUGUCGUGGUAAAGAAAAGGAGUCAUAAUUAAUUUUAAAAACUCACACACAGUAAUUUUUGAGUUAGUCAAAAGUAGUAAUUUUGAUUGGAUUGCAAAUAUUGAUGUUAUUAUGGGUGUCACGGGAAGGUGGCAUAAAUAACCAUCCAACUUCCAAAAAUUUUUUUAUCCAAAUUAUUAUUAUUUUCUAUUUAUUACCAUGUAUAAUGAACCGUACUGUAAAUACAAGUCAUGAUUACAAGUACAGUUUUUAAUUUUUAUCUACUAGAACAAUAAAACCAAUAAAAUUAAGGUUAUAGAUAUUUUUUUUUGGGACUAAGGUCCAAAAAUAUUUCCUUAACCUUUACUUUUCCACGAACAAUGCAAUGUCAGUGAUGCUCACAAAUGUUAUUUGAAACAUUCAGGGAGUUUUUAGAAUUGAACCGUCUCGUACUUCCAAUCAAAAUGUUAACAUUACAAAAAAUGUCAUCUUAAUGUUAAUCAAUUAAUUAUCAAAUAUAUUGUCGGAUAUAUUGUCCUUAGAUACUUUUAGAAAAUUAGAAAGAUUAAGCCACAAGUGUAGUCAAACACCUAUCGUAACAGUGUAUAUUUUUCGUCAUAAAUGUGUCGUGUUCAUAAAUGUGUGUUCAGAAUAAUUGUUACUUGAUUCUUACAAAGGUCGAGAGGUCGUGCCAGCAUCACUUGUAGAAUUGCAUCCAGCCAAUCAUAGACGGUUGGAAUGUCCAAUAUCCUUAAAAAAAAACAUGCACACUGCAUAGGCAUAUGCCAGAAUUGUGCACAGUAACUUCGCAUUGAAAUAUUUUUUCGAAAUUUUAAUUUUAUGCUGUGAUGAUGUGGAACAAGUUUCUUAUUAAUAAUAUUACGUUUAUUCUCAACAGGUAUUGGGGUAAAGCAUAUUCAUUACCUAUUUUUAUAGUCUGUCUAAAAUAAUCAAAAACUGCUUUUCAUUACAAUGGGACUAGACCUGUCCUGAUCACCAAAAUAUAACAGGAUUAAACGUAAUUUGCCUUAAAAUAAUAUAUGUAGUACAAGUUUUGGAUGGGUAAAACUUUAAAAUUUGUGGGAUUAUUUUUGUUAUAUUUUUAUUUAUAAGUCUGUAUAAGUGUUAAAAAAUGUGUGCUGCAAAAUUUAAACAUUUUGAUACCAAAUCUUGUAGUCAAAUUAAAAUUUGUAAAUUGAAUACUUUUAGCAUAAGUAAAUGUGAAAUACUUUAAGUUCAAAAUGUUUUAAAAUUUGGUUAUUUAAACUGAUUAUUCGACUCUAUACCAAUAUCACCAUACGUAGACUGAAAUUACUUAUAAAUUACUCAAACAAUUUCAUAGAGAUAACAUUCAGAAUGGCAAACAAUAAUUUUGAUUCAAUAUUAAAACAUUAAAUCAGCAAUUUUUUUACAUAUUUACAUUAACUGCUAGUGACUUUUUAUGGUAGUGAUAGCAGUAUGUAAUUCAUUUUUAAAGCAGGAAUUACACGCAACUGAACAUUGUAGUAUCUCUAAUAUCUCACAAAUAUUUUGCCACAAUAUUAUCGACCAUUAUGAACAGUUCUCUAGUCGCACCAAAAUCGCGGGCAUGGGUCUGUAACAGAAAUAAAAUAUAUUCACAUCCCUUCUGUGCACGCAACCGUCCUAUGCGCUGUUGUGAAUUAGUAGGUUGUAUAACAUGGUGGUCAAAUCUUGUGCGCAUGACCUACUACUGUUACUGUUAUUUUUUUUCAAUUGUGCACCCAACCUCGGCCUUGGAACGGAUUGCAACGCAAUUCGCCGGCGUGUGGCACAACCUCUCGAAGCGCGCUGAGGUACUGCUCUAGUGUUGAAUGUUGCUACUACUUAAAGAAGCCAAAGAAAAUGUUAUUUAAUUGUAUAGUUUGUUGCAUUUGUGUUAUGUCUAAAACCUAACAGAAUAAUUAUUAAUGCACAAAGUUUUUAUUUCUGGUCUGUUCGCAUGCAUUUUCCUUAAAUAUUUAUGUAUUUUGGUUCCUAUUUUUUUUAUAUGAAGUGUGUAAUUUUAUAAAUUAUCACUUAAUACUUUUUUUUUUUAGAUUUUUAUACCUAUUUUAUUGUAAAUUAUUGUAGGUAAACUAGGCCUAAAUCAGUUGAGUGUGAAAAUGUUCGAGACCUUUGAGCAUAAAUGUUGAAACAUUCCAUCAAAUAUGUUUGUUUCAGAAUACACAUAAUGGGGACCAUUAUUGUCGCAUCCCCUUAAAACAAGUCACAUUACCAUGUUUAAUAUGCCAUGCCUGGUUUUAUAUCGUGCUGUAGCGAUUGUGAAUGUUGUCAAAAUCGUGUUCUGCUAUGCAAUAGAAAAUGUUAAAACUUGUGAAUUGAUAGCGAAUUUUUUUUUUUGCCAUAAAUUGUGCGAUAGUUUUGCAAGGAACUUGAGAUCCAUGGCAACAUUUUUGUUUUGUGAAAUGUCCAGACUAAGUAUUUUAUAUUUAGCCACAGAGGUUAACAAUAUUGUGUUGUUCUUUAGGCAUGCGACUUUGCAGCUUCGUCUGCAACAAUCACGUGCAAGGGAAACAAAAAAAAAAAAAAAAUUAAAUGUUAAAUG